AUGGGUGUUGCCCGGAAACAUACGAACCCUGCAGUCAAGCGGACGCCGCAGGAAGACCGAAGGUUACAGGGAAACAGAUUUCUCAAGGCGAAGAGUCGGGUCGCUCGGUCGUUGCCUCUGCUGGUUUUUGCUCUCGUGCUUGUCUUUCCUUUUGGCGUCAACGGGAAAGAGAAAAAACACGAAGAGACUGACGUCGAGUUUGAUGUCGCCGCGCCUCAGCUCUCGCUGCCGUCAUGCCCAGAUGGAUUCGCCUUCGACCGAGAGACGUUCAGAUGCGUUCAAGUCGUCUCCCAUCGGCCUCUGAAGAAAUGCGUCGUCGGAGUCCUCAACGAAGACAAGUGCCUCCACUUCGUCCAUCCGCUCUCCAAGACCUGUCCCCCGGGCUACCACGAGAAGUUCGUCGGCGACAGCACUCCGAAGUGCGCCAAAGUUAACUACGCACAAAAGCUUCUUGGGUGUCAUCCGCAAGAAGACAUGAUAGACGGCCUCUGCAUCCGCCGAACCUACAAGGAGAUCGGUUACGUCUGCAGAAAGGGGCACUUGGACCCUGAAAACCGAUGCGUUCUCAAGCAGCUCCUCCCUCCGGUGCUCACGUGCCCUGAAGACUACAAGGUCCUCGACGGCGCGUGUGUGCUGUAUAAGGCGAUUUCUUGCGCAGGCGAGGGCGUGAAGGUGGAACCCGCCGCUGUGGCGUCGUCGCGCGAGGAGAUUCUUGGGCACCUUCCCUCCGGUUCGCCUCACCCGCUCGCGCAGGCCUCUCUGCCUUCUCAACCCGGGUCGCCGCCCUCGCGAGCAGCGGACAGCGCACACGCGCUCAGUGUCGAAGAGGCUGCGAGCGUCUCCCCCCACAGGCAAGCGGGACGCCGUGGGCGUCUCGUUUCUAUCGAAACUAGUGCAGAGAGAGACGGGCGCGCAGCCCACUCGCCCGGCGGCGCGACCUCACUUGCGCCGAGCUCCCUCAGCCUCCACCGCGAGGGAGUUCCAGCUGGCCGUCCUAUGGCAGGCAGCUUCACGGGCCCCCCAUCCGUGCCGUAUGGCUCUCACUUCGAGGAGGCGAGCCACGAGGCGAUCGCGCAUGUGCAUUCCGCAGACCUGCGCGGUUGGCGCGCGACGGAGGCGCCGGCGCGUGAGUUUCUUCCCGGAGACUUUGCACCGCACGAAGGCGACCACGAGCUGUACGACGCACACUCUGACGCACAGCCGGCGGCCCUGCCCCCCUUUCACGCCACGGCCAGUCUUUCCUUCUCCCUUGAGGGCGGGUCGGCGUCCGCCAGCCCCUCCUUCGGCAGCGACCUCCCUGUCUGGCCGUCGCCGCGCGCGGCGGACGGGCUAGGGUUCAGCAGCGACAGCCCUGCGGGUUUGUCAGUCUUGACGCUGUUGAGGGACGGGAGUGUGGAGGAGAGUCUCGUCCCUCUUGUGUCUCUGCAUGACUCUACUUCCGAGGCGCUGCUCUUACCGGACGCGCCUUACCUCGUUCAGGAGCGAGCUCCGGCGGCCGGCGCCGAGAAAUUGGACUCUCGGGAGUCCUCUCUUUGGCUCGCGCCUUCGCAGUCCACGGCGGCGUCGCCGCAUGCUUUUCUCGCGCGGCCGUCAGCUGUGCGGAGGGCGGAAGCGGCGCCAAGCCGCGAGGACGACCAGAGAGGAGUGCUGGUUCAAGAGAAAAGCGGCGUGUCUCUGCGUGAGCGAACGAGGCCGGCGGACGCCACGCGACAGAGCUCCAGUGGAGCCACGGCGGCGCCGACACGCAGAGAAGAGACUUCGAGAACACGCCAGGGGCGGGAGAGCAAGUCGCUGCUGGAAAUCUUAAAAAAGACAACGGAAAGCGGCUUGCCCAGGCGCCUCUUGGGCGGGCCUUUGCAUACGCCGUCCACUCUGGACGACCACUGCUUCGAGAUCACUCGCGUAGACGCAAGCCGGAAGUGCCCGUAUGAUUUCACUCUGGAGAUCUACAAAGACGACACGAUGAAUUCGCCGGUCCUGGUGUGCCUGGGGUCGCGGAUUUUGCCUUCGGAGGCCGUAUGCGCCGGCAGGAUUGUGGGAUCGAGGUGUCUCGUCGAGACGCGAACGCACGCAAAGUGGUUUUGUCCCCUGGACGUCCACACCGAGGAACCGCCGAAGGCGAAGAAACCGAAACCGCUCCCUCCUCCAUCCCCGCCAGCGCCUGAGGAUUCGAAGAAAGCGCCGGCAAGUCACACGGGCAAACGGCCGGAGAGAAUGGAGGCGAAGGAAGUUCCAGGCAAAGAUAAAUCAGACAAGGAGGAAGCUUCCGUGCCCUCUUCAGAGAAAAAGCGGGGCUCAUCGCCGACUUUUGCGGAGGUGAAGACCACAGACAAAUCGCCGAAAACCGCCGGAACCGCGACAACGAACAAGGAGAGAGCGGAAACGCCGAAUUUGGAGGAGAGGGAGCGCGAGCAGACCGAGGGCGACCCGAAGGGCCGCCAUUUGGCAUCUACAGAAAGGCCGAGCCAGAAUGGAGGAGGGGAAACGGGUACAGGAGAAGGGAGGGCUGCACAGAAAGAUAGUCAGCGGGGCGCGAGUCACGAGGAAGGAGACGGCGGCGAAGACGACGACGAGGCGUCGCGCCGCCAGGUGGAGCAGACGUCUUUGUCGUCCUCUCUUCGGCAGCUUGGUCGCUUGCCGUUCGCUCUGCUUCUCAUGGAGAUUAACGAGCGGCGGAGAACGUCGGACCCGAAACAGCGGAUGAAGGAGGAAGUCGAGCAAAUGAAGCAAGCGAGGCACGCUGGCGCGGCAGUGGUGCGUCCUUCGCCCCCGCCCAGCCUCCCGCCGGGCAUGCUUCCGUUUCUGGGAGAGAAUGAAAAAAAGACGAAAGACUUAAAGACCAAAAAGCUCACCGACACCGUGGAAGCUCCGCCAACCGGUCUCUGCUACAGAGAACAAAUCGUGGAUCAGAUUGUCGUCUGCCCAAACGGAUACAACGUCACGCCCGCACAAGUCUGCGCAGCAGUCAGUGCCCCGGUGCUCACUUGCCACGCGGGUUUCAAGUACCUUCCGGAAGGUCUAUGCGUGCAAUAUGUGUAUUCUGAGCUAGUCGACAUCCUAGGACUUCAUGAGCCCAAUGAGACGAAGCCAAAAAUCCUCAAUAAGCUGAAGAAAAGUUGA